AUGGGGAAGGGAAACAAAAGUGAAGAAGGGUCAAAUGAGCAGAACCCAGGAGGGAUAAUUAUCUUGGGAGUCUACAUUCAUUGCAAAGGCUGUGCAGAAACUGUCAGAGACUCACUCAUUGGUUUUUAUGGCGUGGAAGGAAUUGAAAUUGAUGAGAGUAAUCACAGAGCAACUGUGAAAGGGAAGAAUGCAGACCCAAUCAUGGUGACAGAGAGGCUAAGGAAGAAGACUGAGAAAUAUGUGGAGCUCAUAUUUCCUAUUCCAAAGCCCAAGAAAGAACCCAAGAAAGAACCUAAAAAAGAAGAGCCAAAGGUGAUUGAGGUUAUAUUGAAAAUAUAUAUGCACUGUGAAGCAUGUGCUAAGGAAGUGAAGCACUGUAUCCACAAAUUGCCAGGGGUACAAACAGUGGAUUCAGACAUGGAGAGCAACACAGUAAGAGUGAAGGGCAACAUGAGUCCUGAAAGCCUAGUGGAGUUCAUCAGCCAAAGGGCAGGGAGGCAUGCUCAGGUUCUCAAAGUGAAUAAAGUUGUAAGCCAGAAGAAAGAUAACAAAGAUCAUGGAGAAACGCCGCCGGAUUCCAACAAAAAGGGUGGCGCCGCCGCCGCCGUUUACAAAGGCUACACUCAUGAACUCCUCCAUGCCCCCCAACUCUUCAGUGACGAAAAUCCCAAUGCUUGCUCCAUUGUAUGA